AUGCUGCCUGAAGCUCAAAAUAACCAAAACCCCGGCCUAUUUCACGCAGAAAUCGAAAGAACCCAAAAAGCUAUAUACUGAAUGUCGGCAAUCUUAGUGAUACUACUCAUAAUAUUCGCAGAGAUAGGCUGUAUAUACAGAACAAUUUGUCACACAUCUGAAGACAUUGACAUUCCAGCCUAUGUGUCACAUAUAUUUUUCCCAGUUCUUGUAAUAACUUUGGCAAUGACAGUAUUAGGCUAUGAAAGUGCAGAAGUUAUAUACCAUGACUGCUUAAAGCCUCUUAGAUUUGUUAUGAUUAUUUGGGCAAUUUUAGUAAUUGUGCUGUCUGUUGCUGAAUGGAUUGCCGGAAUGGUAAUUUCGGGGUCAAGUGAUAGGACAGACAAAUGGAAUGAAUUGACGCCUUUAUCACAGAAGUAUUAUGAUAAUGAUGUAGAUAAUUUAAAUGAAGAUUAUAGGAUCAACAUGUCAAUUGUGUGCAUUUUUCAGAUUGUUGCUGCAGUUAUUUUAUUGGCGAUUGGGAUCUCAAUAUGGAUUUUGUAUAGCAAAGCGCCAAGUGGAUACUUGCCGAGGCCGAUAUAUGAGAAAUUAAAAGAUAAUUUGGCUCAGCCUGUGAAUCAAAUGGGAAAUCCUUUAAUUCAGCCUCCAGAAUUUGCGCCUCAGCAAGAAAAUCCACUAUUGCGCGCUUCAGAUGCAAAUAAUCCAGAAUUUAAUCAGCAAAGAUAUCAAAAUCCUUCUCAAGAUUUCAGACCACAAAGUCCUCAAGAAUACGAUCAGCAAAGAUAUCAAAGUCCUUUAGAGCGGUCUCCGAACCAAUUUAAUCAGGAAAUAGAAAUGCAAAGAUACCAAAGUCCUUUGGAGAGAUCUCCUAAUCAAUUUCCUCAAGAAAAUGAAAUGAGGGGAUAUCAAACACCUCCUCAGCAAAGAUACGGUGACUAUAAUCAGCGAAAUCCUUUACUCCUCUUUAGUCAGUGAGCAAGACCAUUAGAAAGUUCCCUAUUUUCGGCGAAAUUAAGCUCCCAUCAUUACCAAGCAAAUAGUUGUUUUAAUAUAAUUUUUUGGCAUUGGCUAUAUUUAAAUAUAUAUUAAUAAUAAAAUAAUAAAUUAUAUAUAAAAUUUUCAACGGUUGAUCUUAAAACUUAAAAUUUGCAUUUAAAUUAGAUUUUUAUUACAAAUAAUACUGAAUUUGGUUUUUUUAAAAUGCAACUUAAUAUAAAAUUAAUGAAAAAUUAACCUUUUUUUAGCAAGCAAGAUUAUUUUGCUCGCUAUCCAAAGAGGAGUUGGAGCCUAGUCAAGACCAAGGAUCUUAUAAUUAAACUUAAAUGAAUAAAAUAUAAGAAAUUAUAACUAGCUAUUAGAUGUGAAUUCUCUAAUUCAUGUUGAAAUAGAUAUUAUGCUUACAGCCACAAAAGCAUAAAAUGCCACGCUAACUCUUUACAGUAUAUUAA